AUGGCCGAGGGCGGCGGGGGCGCGCGGAGGAGGGCGCCGGCGCUGCUGGAGGCGGCCCGCGCGCGCUACGAGAGCCUGCACAUCUCGGACGAUGUGUUCGGCGAGUCGGGCCCGGACAGCGGCGGGAACCCUUUCUACAGCACGUCGGCCGCCUCGCGCUCCUCCUCGGCCGCCUCCUCGGACGACGAAGCCGAGCGCCCCGGGCCCGCGCGGGGUCCCGGCGCCCCGACUCCCGGCACCCCAGCCGCGCAGGAGUCGGAGGAGGACGAGGCCGGCGCGGGCUGGAGCUCCACGCUGCGGGACCGCCCGCCCCCGCGCUUCGAGGACACCGGCGGUCCCACGCGGAAGAUGCCGCCCAGCGCCAGCGCCAUGGACUUCUUCCAGCUCUUUGUCCCUGACAACGUCCUCAAGAACAUGGUGGUGCAGACCAACCUGUACGCCAAGAAGUUCCAGGAGCGGUUCGGGAGCGACGGGGCCUGGGUGGACGUGACGCUGGCGGAGAUGAAGGCGUUCCUGGGCUACGUGAUCUCCACCAGCACCUCCCACUGCGAGUCGGUCCUCAGCAUCUGGAGUGGCGGCUUCUACAGCAACCGCAGCCUCGCCCUGGUCAUGAGCCAGGCCCGCUUCGAGAAGAUCCUCAAGUACUUCCACGUCGUGGCCUUCCGCUCCAGCCAGACCACGCACGGCCUCUACAAGGUCCAGCCCUUCCUGGACUCCCUGCAGAAUGGCUUCGACUGCGCCUUCAGGCCUUCCCAAACCCAGGUGCUACAUGAACCCCUGAUUGAUGAGGACCCUGUGUUCAUUGCCACGUGCACGGAGCGGGAGCUGCGGAAGAGGAAAAAGCGGAAAUUCAGCCUCUGGGUCCGGCAGUGCUCUUCCACCGGCUUCAUCAUCCAGAUUUACGUCCACCUGAAGGAAGGCGGGGGCCCCGACGGGCUGGACGCACUGAAGAACAAGCCGCAGCUGCACGGCAUGGUGGCCCGGAGCCUGUGCCGGACCGCGGCCGGGAAGAACUACAUCAUCUUCACGGGGCCCAGUAUCACCAGCCUGACCCUGUUUGAGGAGUUUGAAAAGCAGGGGAUCUACUGCUGCGGCCUGCUCAGCUCCAGGAAGAGUGACUGCACCGGCCUGCCGCCGUCCAUGCUGAGCAGCCCGGCCACGCCGCCCGCCCGGGGCCAGCACAGCAUCCGGAUGAAGGGGAGCAUGUCCCUGAUCUGCUGGUACAACAAGGGGCACUUCCGCUUCCUGACCAACGCCUACUCGCCCGUGCAGCAAGGAGUCAUCAUCAAGCGGAGGAGCGGGGGGAUCCCCUGCCCCCUGGCCGUGGAGGCCUUUGCCGCGCACCUCAGCUACAUCUGCAAGUACGACGACAAGUACAGCAAGUAUUUCAUUUCUCAUAAACCAAACAAGACCUGGCAGCAGGUGUUCUGGUUUGGCAUCAGCAUCGCCAUCAAUAACGCCUACAUCCUGUACAAGAUGUCGGAUGCCUACCACGUGAAGAGGUACAGCCGGGCCCAGUUCGGAGAGAGACUUGUGCGAGAGCUGCUGGGCCUGGAGGACACCUCUCCGAGCCUCUGAUGCCGAGGGCACGGCCUGGGUUAGGUAAGGACCAGGUCCAGGGAGGGGAGGGGGAGCCUGACGUCCCACCUGCGGGCCAGAGACCCGGAAACGCCCUGCACUGUGGCUGCGGCCCGGGAGGGGUGCUCGGGGCCUCUGGAGGGACCAGGACGGGCCUGGUCGGAGGACGGCGCCAUCCCGCUUUCCACGCAAGGACGAUCAUGGCCUCCCUCCGGAGCGUGGCCACUGCCUCGGAGCGAGCACCGGCAGGUGUGGCCCCGCGUCAGACCCUCCGGGCCACCAGCGUGGGGCAUGGCACUCUCCCCGCGGGAGAGCCCGCUCAGCACAGAGGACGUGGGAGGGCUGCUGCCACCGGGGGCGCCAGGGACGGGCUGAGAUAAGCCGGUUUGCGUUCUGCUUGGUGAAGAUGGAAAGACACCUGUCUGUGACUGCAGGUGAUGGGAAGCGAGCCGGGUGGGCCCUGCGCGGCUGGGACUGCUCAGGUGUGUGUGGGAGCCCCAAGAGUUUUCGAGCGUUUGCCUCAGACGGGCAGCUUAAAACAGGGCUCGUAGAAGAAGAAACACAACCAGGCACCAUUAAGAGGCAGUGACAGUGUGGGGAGUGGGGCACUCUGAUGCGUACACAAGAUGUCCCUGCCCGUCCCUGUGUGGCUGGUGGACGGGGAGAAAGGGAGAAUGGUGACAGAAUGGCAGUGAAGUGUGAUGCUGGUUUUUAUUUUUAAAUAUAUCUUCAGUUUAUUUUCUUACUGUUGCUUAAGAUCUUCUGUAAAAGGAAAUGUCCCUCUUCUUUUCUGCCCUCUCCAUCUCACCCUCCCACCCCACCCUGUCGUGGCUCCUUGCAUGAUCACGGGCCUAGGCCUGGGCCAGAAAGGGCACCCCGCGUCCAUCAGACCCUGGGGGCCUGCGGGCCUUGAGCUUUGCACAAACAUCAUCAUUGGCAGAAUUACUUGUUUUGGAAAAUACAUAGCAUGGUUGAGACAACAGAAUGUCUCUGUGGAUGACCACUUGCUAACUCCCUCGUGUGGUCACCAGACAGUGUCAGCCAGCCUCACGGCACCCCUUGAAAUGGUGUGGUGGGCAUUGGCAAACCCACCAGCUGUACCAGCUGGGCUGGGCGUGAUUCCUGUGGGCCAGGGACCUGCUCACCACCAGCCUGAAGGCCUACGUGACGAGCCCGGCUGUCAGCAAGGGCUUUGCUCACUUCCCGGAACACCUGGGGCUUUUCUGAACCAAGGUCCACGGAUCUCCCUGGGAGACCUCGGCCAGGGUGGUCGGCUGGUCUGGCUGUCCCCACGACAAGACACAAGUAAUUUCUGGAGUUCCAUGAUCCCCCUUCAACCCAGUUUAUGUCGCCCCCUUAUUUUUACAGAUAAACCUCCUCUACUCAGGCUUUGGGACACUCUUCCUUGUUGUCGCUCAGUUAAUUAAAAGUGUUGCCGGCGGCAUGUUCCCAACUCACAUCAUGUCUGUGCCCGGGUUCACGACGGUCACCUCGCCCUGUGGUUUUAAUUCGAUGCCACGGAUUGUAGGCUAAAUUUUAAAUUGUGUUUCAAAACACCUUUGCCGUGUCCUUUAAUUGGAUUGAAAGCACUUUUACCACAUGGAGAAAUCUAUUUUUAAUUUGUGAUGCUUUUCUACAAGGUCCACUAUUUCUGAGUUUAAUGCGUUUCCAACACUUAGGGAGACUCUAAUGAAAGCUGAUGAAUUUUC